AUGCCUGCCUCCCCCCCCCUCCAGCCCUCCUCGUGCGCCGCCUCCGUCUCGGCCACCUGCGCAGCGCACUCCCUCACCGUCCCGCAGUUCCACCUGCUCCGCGAGCACGCCGUGGCCGCCAAAGCCGGCGCCCACUGCCCCUACAGCAACUUCCGCGUCGGCGCCGCCGUCCUCGCCGCCGACGGCUCCGUCACCACCGGCGCCAAUGUCGAGAACGCCUCGUACCCGGUGGGCACCUGCGCCGAGCGCGUGGCCCUCGGCACGGCCGCCACCCGCCCGCGCCCGCCCGCGGGGCCCUUCCGCGCCGUCGCCGUCGCCGUGGCCACGGACACCAGCCCGCCCGCCAGCCCGUGCGGCAUGUGCAGGCAGUUUAUCCGCGAGUUUAGCAGCUUGGACGUGCCAAUCGUCAUGUUUGACGGGGAGGGCAAGUACGUGGUCGCCACGCUGGACGAGUUGCUGCCCCUGUCGUUUGGGCCCGAGAAUCUGGGCCGUGGGUGA